UGCUCGUAGUCGGCUGCACCAUCACCAAAAUCUCUCUCUAACAGAGUUGUUGUAGGCAGCGUGGGCAAAGCCAUUUCCAGCUCAGAGAUACGCAUACCCUUUUACUCAUUUCACGUCCAUCUCGUCUCCAUUUCCUUUCUCUCACCUUCUCUUCUACUCUGAAACACAUUUCUCUUUAGUAAAAUGUACUGUUAGUAAUAUUAAUAUCUAUUGACCAUUUCUUCUAACAAAAAAAAAAAAAAAAUGCAAAAUGUUGCUCUCUCUAGAUCCAACCCAACUCCAACUCUUUGAUAUUUGAGCAGAACAACAAAACCCAUUACUGCUUUCUGUUAAAGAUAGAGUCUUGUUUUGAGAAUGGGCGUUUUAGGAGAGUCUUGGUGCUUUUGCAAAGGAGUAGGUAAGUCUGAGAGAAUGAAGGCCGCCAUUUUCUCCGGCAAGGGUUCUGCUAUGGCUACAAUCUCUUGCGCCGGAAAUGGAACAUCCGGUACCGGAUUUUUGAUCCACCGGAAUCUCCUCUUGACCGCUCAUGUUAAUAUUCCCUCUGUGACUGCUGCUGAGAGUGCGGAGAUCCGUCUCCAAAACGGCGUAGCUGCUUGUCUUGUCCCGCACAGGUUUUUCGUCACCAGUUCUGUUCUGGACCUUACAAUAGUGGGAUUAGAUGUUGUGGAUGGAGACUCCAAUGCCCAAGGACAGCCUCACUACUUGAAGACUUGUUCUAAACCAAACCUGGAUCUGGGCAGUGUUGUUUACUUUUUGGGCUAUACAGAGAAGGAAGAACUGACAGUUGGUGAGGGAAAAGUGGUAAUAGCCACAGACAAUCUCAUAAAACUGUCAACCGAUGGAAUAAUAUGGCACCCCGGAUCUGCUGGAUUUGAUGCACAAGGCAAUCUUGCUUUCAUGAUCUGCGAUCCUAUGAAAUUAGCCACAUCUCCAAAUACCAAGUCAUCCUCGACUUCAUCCUCAUCCUCAGCAUCUUGGAAAAAGGAUUCUCCUAUGCAGUUUGGUAUUCCCAUUCCCAUCAUUUGUGAUUGGUUAAAUCAGCAUUGGGAAGGCAAUCUUGAUGAACUUACCAAACCCAAAUUACCAAUCAUUAGACUGAUGUCCACAGGCCAGAAGAGCGAGCACUCUUGUGCAUCCUUCACACUCCGACAGGUUUUUAAGUCAACAGAUGCGGAUAAUGAUGGAACCCCUUCAUCAUCUAAUACGAUCUCUAAACCUGGGGACCAACAUGGACCAGGUUGUUCAGGUGUAGCAAACAUUACCAAAGAAGAAACUCUUACCGCUGAUCGACACACUGUCCAUGUGCAGGGAAUCUUGACUCCUGAAAUUUAUGAAUCGCGGAAGUUGACUGCAGCUCCCAUUAGGAAAAAGGAAGGUGCUCAAACACAGCUUUUGGAUAUUAAUUUCCCGCCAAGGGUCUUUAAAGGUACUGUUCAACCACAGCAAGUCAACCAGCUGCCCCCUAACUCCGGUGAGAAUUUUAUUAAAGAACUUCCCCUGCAGAGCCCAUCCGGUGAAGAUCAAAUCACAGAGAGAGGAAAUAUUAACCCUGAAGCAGAUGUUGAGAUUGCAUCUACUGGUUCUGUAAAUGGGGCCCAAAGUGAGGUCCAGUCUAGUUCCUCCCCGGUGGAGGUUUCAGAGAUGUAUAAUGGGUAUAGCAGUGAGGGAGAGACUACUAUGUAUUCUGCUGAAACUGCUGAGAGCCGAAAUUUUCCAAGUCCUAUGGAGGGGAAGUGUCAGCACAUGGGAAGGAGCCAAAGUUGUGUAAGUCACAAUAGAUGGGGAAAUACUGUCCAUAGAAACCCAAUGGCUCGUAGGGCAAUGUUAGAACAGCAAAGAAGCUUCAUCCACGGAAGGAAGAUGCAUUCACAAGGGGCAACAUCUCAAAGGAGUAAUGACUACUUCAGUCCAACUGUGUCGUCAAUAAUGAAGAAGCGAAACAACUUGGAGCAGCCUACCAGACCGAAACGAAGUCCUGUUCACUCUUCUCCAAGAUGGAUGUUCUGAUUAUUCUAGAUUAAUGUGAUACCAAAAGAGAACAACAGAAAUAUAGUGUUUUGUUGUUGUUUGGAUCAUGUCCAUUCAAUUGCAUAUAGUGUAACCGUGUAACUAAUUUAUUGUUACCAUGUGGAGACCAAUCUAAGGUAAAUAAGAAAAUUCAACAAGGUUGUAGUUUUGCUCAGGAAUGAUUCAAGUGUACGAUCGUGUGCACUGUUGUUUUUUCA